AUGACAUCACGGGCACCUCGAAACAGCUCCGAGCGUUUGACCCGCCCGAUCGUCAUCGGCUCCAUCGAUCUUAUGCCGUUCCACGGGCGAACUGGGCGCAUCGCCAAUGAUGAGUCCGCUUCGGGUGAAGGGGCCCUGUUCCGGCCCACUCGGCGUCUCCUACUGCUUCAGUCCGGCCCAUGA